AUGGUGAAAUCUUACCAAAGAUUUGAACAAUCUUCAGUAUUUGGUGUAAUCAGUUCAAAUUCAAAUUGUGUCUGGGUUCCUCCAAGUUCAAAAAAAUCCAAAAGUUUAGGUAAAGUUAUAACAGGUGCCCUAGAGAAUAUUAGUGUAUGGGAUCUUAAAACCUCCGAAUUGGAAUAUGUAUUAUCAGAUGGUUUACCACCUGGUUCUGUUGAUUUAAAAUCCUCAAAGCCAGCAGAAGUAUCCUACUUACAAUUUCAUUCCGAAACAGGUUUAAUAGCGGCAGGUUAUGCUGAUGGUGUAAUAAAGCUAUGGGAUUUAGUCUCAAAAACAGUACUUUUAUCUUUUAAUGGUCACAAAUCUAGGAUUACAAUGUUGAAGUUUGAUAAAACUGGUACCCAAUUGAUAUCGGGUUCUGAGGAUUCCAAUAUUAUUGUCUGGGAUUUAGUAAGUGAAGUUGGGUUGUAUAAAUUACGUUCACAUAAAGGUACCAUCACUGGGUUAUGGUGUGAUAGUGAUAAUUGGUUAAUAAGUACAUCAAAGGAUGGGUUAAUUAAGGUUUGGGAUUUAAAAACUCAACAAUGUAUUGAAACUCACAUUGCUCAUACUGGCGAAUGUUGGGCUUUAGGAAUAAUGACUGAUUUUGUGGUAACAUCAAGUGCUGAUUCUCAACUGAAAAUAUGGCAAAUGGAUCUUGAAGGAGAGCCAGGUUCCAAAUUAAUUGAAAAAGGUGCAUUUGAAAAGCAAAGUAAGCAAAGAGGUUUAUCGAUAGAAUUUACAACUACAAGUGAUGGCGUUCAUUUCUUUUAUGUUCAGAAUGCUGACAAAACUGUCGAAAUUUUCAGAUUAAGAAAAGAUAUUGAAAUUGCAAAAGCCAUAAAAAGAAGGGAAAAGAGAUUAACUGAAAAGGGGAUGACUGAAGAAGAUAUUAAGACAAACAUAUCUGAAUCUUAUGUUUCAUUUGUUAUGCAUCCUUUCCAGGUUGUCAGAUCAAUGUAUAAAAUCAAAUCUGUUGCAUGGACUCUUUCUUUAUCCACUAAAUUAGAAGUCGUAGUAACAACUAACUCUAAUACUAUUGAAUAUUAUUCUGUACCAUAUGAGAAAAGGGACCCUACAUCUCCAACUCCUAUCAAGGCUCAUACUAUAGAAUUACAAGGUAGUCGAACAGAUGUUCGUUCUAUUGAUAUUAGUGACGAUAAUGCCUUGUUAGCCACUGCUUCUAACGGUGAGUUAAAAAUAUGGAACUUAAAUACAAAAUCCUGUAUAAGAACAUUCGAGUGUGGGUAUGCGCUUACUUGUAAGUUUUUACCUGGUGGCCUCCUGGUUGUUGUAGGUACAAGAGAGGGUAAUCUACAAUUAUUCGAUCUUGCCUCUUCAGUUUUAUUGACUACUAUAGAAGCCGCCCAUGAAGGAGCAAUUUGGUCUUUAGAUGUAACUAAUGAUGGUAAAAGGCUUGUUACUGGUUCUGCUGAUAAGAGCAUUAAAUUUUGGGAUUUCCAAGUAAAGCAAGAAUUGAUUGCUGGAACAUCCGAUAAAUAUGUCCCACAAAUGAAUAUAGUUCAUGAUUCAACUCUUGAAUUAGGUGAUGAUAUUUUGAGUAUUAAAAUUUCAGGUGAUGAUAAAUUUUUAGCAAUUUCCUUACUGGACAAUACAGUUAAAGUAUUCUUCUUAGAUUCUAUGAAAUUUUUCCUAAGUCUUUAUGGUCAUAAAUUACCUGUUCUAUCCCUAGAUAUAUCUGAUGAUACAAAAGUCAUCAUUACAUCUUCAGCAGAUAAAAAUAUUAAAAUUUGGGGUUUAGACUUUGGUGACUGUCAUAAAUCUCUGUUUGCACAUCAAGAUUCGAUUAUGUGUGUCAAAUUUCUUCCAGGAUCACAUAACUUCUUUAGUGCCUCUAAGGAUGGUUUUGUAAAAUAUUGGGAUGGUGAUAAAUUUGAGUGUAUUCAAAAACUAGCUGCGCAUCAAAGUGAAGUGUGGGCCUUAGCUGUCUCUGAUAAUGGGGAACGUGUUGUUUCCGUUUCACAUGAUCAUAGUAUUAGAAUUUGGGAAGAAACAGAUGACCAAGUUUUCCUUGAAGAAGAAAGAGAAAAAGAAUUGGAAGAACAAUAUGAAGAUACUUUGUUGGCUUCAUUAGAAGAAGGAAAUGCGGAUGACACUUUUAAGGGUGAUGUAAAAAAUGAUGAAGAUGAUGAAGCAACUAGGGUAAGUAAACAAACCAUAGAGUCCUUAAAAGCUGGGGAACGUUUAAUGGAUGCUUUAGAUUUAGGUAUUAAGGAAAUUGAAGAAAUGGAAAACUAUGAAGCCGAAAUGGUUAAAUAUAAAAAGAAGCAACGUAUAGAUGCACCAGUCAAGCCAACGGGGAAUGCUAUUUUAUUAGCAGUUCGUAAAACACCGGUGGAAUAUAUAAUGGAUACUUUGAUUGGUAUCAAGCCAUCACAAUUGGAAGACUCUUUACUUGUAUUACCCUUCUCCUACGUACUCAAGUUUUUGAAAUUUUUCGACUAUGUGAUGAAAGUUCCAAAUAUAUUGAAUAAUCGUUUAGCUCUAAUAUGCAAAAACUUAUUUUUCAUUUUAAAAUCGAAUAGUAAAGAAUUAGUUUCUCAAAAAAAUGAAGAGCUCAAGUUACAAAUUAGUAGAGUUAAACAUCAAUUAAGAUCUGCCUUACAAACUAAUGAAGAUGAUUUAGGUUUCAACAUUCAAGGUUUGAAAUUUAUCAAGCAACAAUGGAAUAUGAAGCAUAAUUUUGAAUUUGUUGAUGACUAUGAUCAACAAGCUCAAGCUGAAAAAUCAGCCAAGAAAGAAUAUUCGGUACCCUAG